AUGGCUAAUCUCAACAUUGGAGGUCAAAGCGACGAUGCUUUCUACCGUUACAAGAUGCCCAAGCUGGUCUCCAAGAUCGAGGGCAAGGGAAACGGAAUCAAGACCGUGAUCCCCAACAUGGCUGACAUUGCUCGUGCGCUCAGCCGUCCCACUGCCUACCCCACCAAGUACUUUGGUUGCGAGCUCGGUGCCCAGGUCAAGAUUGACGAGAAGACCGACCGCUACAUUGUUAACGGUGCCCACGAUGCUACCAAGUUGCAGUCGUUGUUGAACGGAUUCAUUCAAAAGUUCGUCCUCUGCCCCUCGUGCGGUAACCCCGAGACGGACAUCAUUGUCGACAAGGCUGGCCUUAUCCAAAUGUACUGUAACGCCUGUGGUCGUCGCAACAAGGGCGAGAACAUCCACAAGUUGGCCACCUACAUUGUCAAGAACCCACCUGUCAACAGCGCAUAUGGAAAGAAGGGUAAGGCUGACAAGGCUGACAAGAAGAGCAAGAAGAACGGCACCGCGACCCCUGAGGAGGAAGAAGAAGAGGAUCGGGAUGACGACUUCACCAAGAAGAUCAAGGAGGAGGCUGCUGCUAUCCCCGACGCCGAUAACUUCAAGUCUGCUUUGGGCGAUGAUUGGUCUGUCGACACCUCGGCUGAGGGAGCCGCUGCUCGCAUGAAAGAGUUGGAGGGCAGCGUCAAGACUCAGAUGACCUUGGACGACGACGAGGAUGACGAGGAUGGCGAGAACCCCUAUGAACUCUUUGGAAUCUACUUGGAGGAGAGCCCCAAGGCCACUGAUGCCGAGAUUAUUGCCAAGACCGAGGAGCUCGGAAUCACUGGCAAGUCCCGCGCUGUCACUGUUCUUAUCCAGUGCAUCUUCACCGACGAUAUGUCUCGUGAGAUCAAGGCCCGAACUUCUCUCUUGCGCAAGUUUGUCACCACUGAGAAGGACCAGAAGGCUUUGCUCGGAGGCAUGGAGCGUGUCUUGAUCGCCUCCAAGACCUUGAUGUUGAAGGCUCCUCACGUCUUGAAGGCUUUCUACGACAACGACAUUAUCGAGGAGGAGAUUAUCUUGAAGUGGGGUGAGAAGCCCAGCAAGAAGUACGUCAGCCGUGAAGAGGCGAAGGAUGUCCGCGCACGUGUUGAGCCCUUCCUCCGCUGGUUGGCUGAGGCCGAGAGCGACUCUGACGAGGAGUCUGACGAGGAGUAA